ACAGCGGCCCCAACAACAACAACAUCAACGACAGCAUCAACAACACCCACAACGACGACAACCACAUCCACAGCAGCCCCAACAACAGCAUCAACAACGACAACUACCACAUCCACAGCGGCCCCAACAUCAACAUCAUCAACGACAGCAAGAACACCAACACCCACAACGACGACAACCACAGCGGCCCCAACAACAACAACAUCAACGACAGCAUCAACGACACCCACAACGACGACAACCACAUACACAGCGGCCCCAAGAACAACAUCAUCAACGAUAGCAUCAACAACGACACCCACAACGACAACAACCACAUCCACAAUGGCUCCAACAACGUCAUCAACAACUUCAACAACCUCCCCUACCAAACCAACCACGACAACCACAACGAUGACAGCCACAUCCACACCUAUCCCAACGACUUCUAGCAUACCAACCACAACAACCACACCCACAAUGGCCCCAACAAUGACACCGUCAAUGAUACCAUCAACAACGACACCCAAAAUGAUAACCACACCCACAAUGUUACCAACAUCAAUAAUGUCAACGAUAGCUUCAAUAACCACAAAUGUCAACCCAACCACAACGACAACAUCCACAAUGUCCCCAACAAUGACAAUGUCAAGGACGCCAUCAAUGACACCCAAAAUGACGACAACCCCAUCCACAAUGGCCCCAACAACAUUAAUGACAACAUCAAGACCCACCACUACCCUACCAACCACAACAUUGACAACCACAUCCAGAAUAGCUCCAACAACAACAUUAACGACAACAUCAAUGACACCUAUAAUUAAUCCACAGGCCCCAACAACAGCAAUGUCAACCACAGUAUCAACCCAAGCACAACAUCCACAAUGGCCCCAACAAUGACACCGUCAAUGACACCAUCAACAGCACCCAUAAUGACGAAAUCCACAUCCAUAAUGGCUCCAACAACUGAAAUGUCAACGACACCAUCAACAUCCACACCCACCAAUAUGACAACCACAUCGA